CAGCGGGUAAAUUAAGCGCUGGACGGUUUUCCGCUUCGUGACGUGUAACGGGAAGGGCCGUUUCCUGCCCUGGAAAGAAAGCGGUAGCGGUAGACGGAAAGGGGGAGGGAGGCGCGGUGGAGAGGUGAAAGAGAGGAACGAACAAGAAGACGAGAGACAGGUCUGUCUGGCAUGAAUUGUUACUGAGCCGGUCCUUGUCUGCCUUAGGGACCUCCUCCUCCAACCUGUGGCUCGCCAGCUGUUGAUGUACUACAGUUCCCAGCAGCCCUGACGCGCCGGUGUUGUGGACAGAGAGAGCAGCGGCUGGGGGCGCCACAGGUUGGCUGAUACCACCAUGAAGCUUUACAGUCUCAGUGUUCUUUAUAAGGGGGAAAACAAGGUCCAUCUCCUGAAAAGUGCCUACGAUGUCUCCUCCUUCAGCUUCUUCCAGAGAUCCAGUAUCCAGGAGUUUAUGGCAUUCACCAGCCAGCUGAUUGUGGAACGAUCAGAUAAAGGAAGCCGGUCGUCUGUGAAGGAGCAAGAAUACCUGUGUCAUGUGUACGUAAGAAAUGACUCCCUAGCUGGGGUGGUGAUCGCUGAUAAUGAGUAUCCUCCAAGAGUCUGCUUCACCCUGCUUGAAAAGGUACUUGAGGAAUUCUCUACUCAAGUAGACAGGAUAGACUGGCCAUCAGGUUCUCCCGCCACCAUUCAGUACAACGCUUUGGAUUCUUACCUCAGCAAGUAUCAGAACCCUCGAGAUGCAGAUCCAAUGAGUAAAGUACAGGCUGAGCUGGAUGAGACCAAAAUUAUACUGCACAACACCAUGGAAUCAUUAUUACAACGUGGAGAGAAACUGGAUGACCUAGUCAGUAAAUCUGAGGUCCUGGGAACACAGUCAAAGGCCUUCUACAAAACUGCGCGGAAGCAGAACUCGUGCUGCGACAUCAUGUGAUGUAAGAUCAGCAGGCAGAUACAAUGGAUAAACAAUAUAAUAUCAGGGGCUCAAGCACCAAUCGUGCAGUGUCCUGUCCCCCUUUUCUUUAAGGGGUGCAGAUUAUAAAUACUGCUUCCCUGGGUCAGUUCCCCUUUCUUCAAGUGCUAACGAGGGACAAUUUUUUUAAUGUUGUCUGUGUUGAUGUGUGUCAUUUAUAUUACAAGACCCCUCCCCCAUUCCUUUCCCUUACACAAGUUGGCAUACCUCAGUACUUGGAGGAAUGAUCUGACCGGUGAUCUCUGAUAAAACUGGCUUUCUCUAUGCAGAGUAAACAUGUGACAUGAAUGUUAAUACUGAGUAUCCCAUAUAUAGCCAGCCUUCCCCCAGGCUCUGGAUCUGAUGCAGCUACAAACAAGUCUUACGUUAUAAUCCUCGUACGGUGUGUAAUUAUGCUGCGUAAUUCUGUGCUCUGGGAGAUGUCCUUGUUCAUUGUUUACUCCCCCACAGUAUGCAAAUCCCUUUGCUUUAAACCCAUAAACAUGGAGGUGGGAACAUUAUAAUGGGAGGGGGGUUCCAGAAAAUAUUUCAAUCCCAAAGUUGCCUCCCUGCUGGAGAUGUGGUGACCGUUUAACCCUGCUUUCUUGUCUUUAACACCUUCCUACCUAUGGGAAAUACAAUUUUCUUGUUGUUUGCUUUAACCACUUGUUAACCAGAGAAAUCUCCGUAUUAUAUUGAGCGCAUUACCCAUUCACCACUAAAGACAGGGUUUGCUGCUUUUUUUGUUUUUUAAUUGGGACUGCUCGGCUGAAGCAAUGAAACGACAAAUUGGAAGUGCCAUGACUAUAACAAACCUCAGUCUCCCUGGGACGUGCUUUAACCCUUUUAUACUCCAGUUCCUGAAUGGUUGACCAUGCUGCAGCCAAUUCAUUUCAGGCCACUCCGGAAGACCAAAUAUUUAAUGCCCACUUGGGAGGGGGCGGCAUUCAAAAUGUAUAGAUAAGUUAUUAUUGUAAGUCAGUGUUCUGUUGUUUUACUGAUUUCUUCCCACCCAAUAUGAUGGUUUUCAUGACCCUCUUAAUUCAAAACUGUAUUUUAAUAAAGAUUGGCUGGACAUUUCUGUAUGAAA